AUGAAUCUGGCCCGUCCUUCAACCUCUUCCAUAUUUUCUUUCAACGGUCUAGAUCCGAUUUGUGAAACGCGGCCGUUUGAUAUUCUGUUCCGUGGCUUAACGUACCAAAGAAAGAUACUUUUCCCAGUCUCGAGGAGCAGGACUCCGCCUUCUCUCCCCAUCUUGCACUCCAACUGUGGCGAGAGCACCAAUGGCGUGAAGAGGAGGCAAUAUUGGAACCAGAAACCCCUAAAAAUAUCAAAGGUCUCGCUGGCACUCUAUUACGAGACAAUGUGCCCUUACUGCUCCGAUUUCAUCACCAACAACCUCUCGAAGAUCUUCGACAACGGGCUGAUAUCCAUCGUCGAUCUCGAUCUCGUCCCCUACGGCAAUGCCGGGGUUGGAUCCAACAACUCCAUUACGUGCCAGCAUGGCCCGAGCGAAUGCCAACUGAAUACUGUUGAAGCAUGUGCUAUCAGUGCAUGGCCUGAUGUGCAAGAACAUUUCGAUUUCAUUCACUGUAUUGAGCACCUUGUCAUGGAGCAUAGAUACGACGAGUGGAAAUCUUGUUUCCAACAAACUGGUUUGGAUUCAACAUCUGUCUUGGACUGCUACAAUAGUGGAUAUGGGGAAGAGCUUGAACUACAGUAUGCAGCACAAACAGAUUCUCUUCAGCCCCCUCAUACAUAUGUCCCUUGGGUGGUAGUUGAUGGGAAGCCACUUUAUGAUAAUUAUGGGAACUUUGAAAAAUACAUCUGCCAAGCUUAUGAUGGUCAGCCUCCAAAGGCUUGCGAAGGACAAGCCCUUACAAUUUCCCAGGAGACAAACUCCAACCACGGUGAUCAGGUGUGCCAUGUUGAUGAUAUGACCGGCUCAUCUGCAACUAGAAAGAAGCAUGAAAUGAAGAAAAAAAAAUUGUUAAUCUAGAAUUUGAUUGACAUGUUCUUCCACUACCAUGUCUUCUUCUGGUGGCAGAAACGAAUCUAAUAAAUAAGAGCUAUUUGUCUUCUAGGGACUGGCAAGCCAUGCCAAGGUAUCUAGUCAAGCAUCUUGCAGACACGACAAUCAUGUCAUUGGUAAAAACAUCAUUACUAUUUUUUCCUUCUUUCUUAUAAAAGAUGUUCUCUGUAUAGGAAGUAUCAGUUCUGUAUGGUUAAACCACCAACUACAAAAUGUUUAUUUAAAAGGAGGGAGAAAAAAAAUGUAACGACUACUUUCCACCUUUGUGUCCUUCUAGCGAAUGCUAUUAGGGCACCUUGGUGUCAUGUUCAUUCAAAAAUAAAACAAAGGGCUUUCCACCUUCAUGCAGCA